AUGUCCGCGGCAGGCCGCAGCGGGGCCUCCAUCUUCGCUCAGGGCCCGGCCCCCGCCGGCUCAGCCCGCGGCGCCCCGAUUCCCGCUAACGAGGACGAGCGGCGCCGCUUCCCAACAUGGAGCCUCUGCCCGCAGCUCCGCCUGCACGAGGGACAAGCAACCACUAUAACCCCCCGAGCGGCCCAGCCCCUUCCCUUCCGCUCCGCCGGGGGCCGCGAACAAGCGGGCCUAGGAGGGUCCCCCGCGCCCCGCAGUCGCGGCCCGGUCGCGGCCCUUCCCCCUCCUGGCCGCCCGCGAACAGCCCGGCCGGUCUCCCCGCCCGCCGGGAGCCCGGGGCCCGCUCGGUAUCCGAGGGGGGCGGCCCCGCUCUUUGUUGAGCGCCCAUUCCGGGACCUACUUCCUCGCCGGCGCCCGCGUCCCGCUUUUCCCGGCGCCCGCCGGCCACUCCAGGUCUCGGCACCGCCGCCUCCCGCCGCACCGCACGUCCUCUCGCAGGCGGCGGAGGCGCGUACCGUCGCCGCCGCCGCCGCCGCACCACGUCCCCCACCCGGGGCUGCGUCACCGGGUGAAACGUUCCCGGCCAGCGUGGGUCGGCGCCCAGCGGCCCGCCCGAGCGCGCCGGCCGCGGGACCAGAGUGCCGCCCUGAGGUCUGGUCGGGACACGACACCCUCCCGGCCGCCAGGCCGCCGUGCCCCCCGGCCUGGCACGUCCUUUCGGGGCCCGGGCUCUGCUACCCGCGGAGAUUACGGACGCCCGCGGGCAUUCUUGAACCGACGGGCCUCCGCUAAACCGCCCCCAGCUGCGUCAGCGCCACAGCAACAUCCUCAGAGUCUGAGCGAACUGCGCCCAGCGCGGGCACAGAACCUCCCACCGCCAGCAACCUGCGGCCCGGGAGAAGAGCCAGCGCCGUGACAGCGCCUCACCGCCACCAGUCCCCAGACCAC